AUGUUGGAGCCAAAGGUCGAGUGUGUGUACCACCCGUCAUUCAAGAAGUCCGUUCUAAGGACGAUGGGGGCGUCGUUCAUGUGUGGAUAUGCCGUGGGUGCCUCCUUCCGGUGGAUUUCAGGCAGUAGAUGCAACUAUGGCCAGUAUCUCGGAAACAAGCUGUGUGUUGCUGGGAUGUGUUUCCAGCUUGGGAGGAGAGGAAUUGGUGCCAUGGCGGAAGGAAUGAAAAAUAAUUUUAUCCCUUGGCGGUUUUCUCCCUGGAAAUGA